GGGAGCCACAGGUGACUAGGCUCGGGCCCGGACCUUUUCGGCUGCUUUCUUGCAAACGUGGUCCCCAGCUUCAUUCAAGAGAUGCGAAGAAAAGACCCAAACAAGUAGCGCUCCUUUGGAGCUGGGCACCAUGCUGAGCCCGAGGAGGGGGCUGCGGGGGGUGAUGGCCCCGUGACCGUGACCGUGACCAGCCGCCGCUUCUCACCUGGGUCCUCUCGGUCCAGCCAGGCGGCCACCAGACACCCAGAGCCCCAGAAAACCCCCGACAGCUUCCAGGGGAAAAUAACAGUACGUCUCCAUAUGUCGCCUACGCCCAGGAGUUCCUGAGAGCGUGCGAGAUAGGGCAAGCAGGAUGCACGGGUGCCGCGGCCCCGUCCACGCGAUUUGAAGACGUCAGGAAGGAACCGAUGGCUUUAGCGGGCGGCCCAGAUUCCUUUCUGCACCAUCCAUACUACCAGGACCAGGUGGAACAGACAUCUCCUCGCCGUCCUGGAAAUCUGGCAGGACCCGGCUUCCCAGCGCCGCCUGACCGGCUGGCGAAUCACCAAGAGGACGACGUGGACCUGGAGACGCUGGUGAACGACAUGGAUGCAUCCCUGGAGAGCCUGUGCGCGGCCGCGGAGACGGCGCCCCUCCUGCAUAAUGGCCAGCAUCCCCGCGGCCGGCCCCCCGGAGCAAGGCCCCUGCAGGGGCAGGUGGCCCCGCGGCAGAGGCUGCAACGGUCCCAGCCCAUGCACAUCCUCGCCGUCAGGCGCCUGCACCAGGGGGACCAGCAGUUGAGGACGUCGUCUCUGCCGGCCAUCCCCAACCCCUUCCCCGAGCUCUGCGGCCCCGGGAGCCCCCCUGCGCUCACGCCGGGCUCCGUACCUCCCGGCCCAGCGGCCGCGAAGCAGGAUGUUAAAGUCUUUAGCGAAGACGGGACGAGCAAAGUGGUGGAGAUUCUGGCGGACACGACAGCCAGGGACCUGUGCCAGUUGCUGGUUUACAGAAGUCACUGUGUGGACGACAACAGCUGGACGCUGGUGGAGCACCACCCGCACCUGGGAUUAGAAAGGUGCUUGGAAGACCAUGAGCUGGUGGUCCAGGUAGAGAGCACCAUGGCAAGUGAAAGUAAAUUCUUAUUCAGGAAGAAUUAUGCAAAAUACGAGUUUUUCAAAAAUCCCACGAAUUUCUUCCCAGAACAGAUGGUUACCUGGUGCCAGCAGUCCAACGGCAGUCAGACCCAGCUUUUGCAGAGUUUUUUAAACUCCAGUAGUUGUCCUGAGAUUCAAGGGUUUUUGCACGUGAAGGAGCUGGGAAGGAAGUCGUGGAAGAAGCUGCACGUGUGUCUGCGGCGGUCCGGCCUCUAUUGCUCCACGAAGGGAGCUUCAAAGGAGCCCAGACACUUGCAGCUGCUGGCCGACCUGGAGGACAGCCGCAUCUUCUCCCUGAUGGCCGGCAGGAAGCAGUACGGUGCCCCCACGGACUACGGCUUCUGCAUAAAGCCAAACAGAGUCAGGAACGAGGCCAAGGAGCUGCGGCUGCUCUGUGCCGAGGACGAGCAGAGCCGGACGUGCUGGAUGACGGCCUUCAGGCUCCUCAAGUAUGGAAUGCUCCUUUACCAGAACUACAGGAUCCCUCAGCAGAGGAAGGCCGUGCUGUCCGCCUUCUCAACUCCAGUGCGCAGUGUCUCUGAGAACUCCCUUGUGGCCAUGGAUUUUUCUGGGCAAACGGGAAGAGUGAUCGAGAACCCGGCUGAGGCCCAGAGUGCAGCCCUGGAAGAAGGCCACGCCUGGAGGAAGCGAAGCACACGGAUGAAUAUCCUCGGGAGCCAAAGCCCCCUCCACCCUUCCACCCUAAGUACAGUGAUUCACAGGACGCAGCACUGGUUUCACGGCAGGAUCUCCAGGGAGGAGUCACACCGGAUCAUCAAGCAGCAGGGGCUCGUGGACGGGCUUUUUCUCCUCCGUGACAGCCAGAGUAAUCCAAAGGCAUUUGUCCUCACAUUGUGUCAUCAUCAGAAAAUUAAAAAUUUCCAGAUCUUACCUUGCGAGGACGAUGGGCAGACCUUCUUCAGCCUCGACGACGGGAACACCAAAUUCUCUGACCUGAUCCAGCUCGUUGACUUUUACCAGCUGAACAAAGGGGUCCUGCCUUGCAGACUGAAGCACCACUGCAUCCGCGUAGCCUUAUGACCUCAGGUCUCCCCUGGCUGCAGGCUGGAGGACGCUGACACUGGAGUGAAGAGGUCUGUGCAUCGUUCAGAACACACGGCUGUCUGCACCUUGGGGCUCGGAGCAAGAUGGGUGCGUUGGGCGCCGACCGACCACGAUCGACUGGUUUGUUGGACUUGACGAUGAUUUGCUGCUGCAGAUCCAGCAGGGCCGCGCCCCUCUCACUGGCCUCAGCGGGAAGGUCGGAAGACAGCAGACUCGAGAAUAAACUGGAAUGAUGGUCUUGGCUGGGCCAUGGAGGAACACAAGCUGGAGAGAAGUGAUUGGAAAUGAACUCUCGCCCUGGAAUAAUCUUGACAAUUAAAACUGCUAUGUUUA